AUGAUGUACCUCUCGUUCACACACUUCAACCAAGCAGAACUCCAACAGCUAUGGUACCUCAUCUACCAGGACGGUAAUGCUGCCUACUCGACCAUCAACAACCCCUCCGGAUGGUCAUCUCCCAAGCAUUUUUGGUCCAGCCAACCAAAUAUUAUCACCCAGAAUAUCGGCUCAGGCUUUUGGAUCGACAUGUGCGACUCCAAUUGUUUUCACUUCUCCUCAGACGACAACGGUCACCUCUACCGUGCCCAAACGUCCGUCGCCAACUUCCCUAACGGUUUCUGGCCCGUUAUUGCUCUGUCGGCCGCUAAGAACGAUCUGUUCGAGGCGUCCAAUGUGUACAAAGUCGGAAGCCAGUAUCUCCUGAUCGUCGAGUGUAUUAGUAGCACUGGACAUCGGUACUUCCGUUCUUGGACUUCGAACAGUAUCGCAGGAUCUUGA